UGAGCAGCUGUGUCGCAUUGACAACCACACGCUCCCGUCUUUCUAAUCCUCCAGAAAUGAGGAUAAAACACUUGUAGAUAUCUCAAGUCGACUAAAAAAAAUAACCUCAAGACUCUUCUGGUGAAGGACUGACAAGAAUAAGUGAGAGGUGAAUUCUAAAGUGUAAAAACGAGAGAAGGGAACAGAAACAUCACAGGUUAGCUCGUCCUAAUUUCUCUUCUGCACCAGACUGACAUAAAAAAGACUAAAAAACCUCUCAAAUGGAAUGACAAAACCAUUACCCAGUGGAUUUCACCCCCUAAAAACCGAGCGAAUGACCAAAUAAUCAUCAAAUAAAUCCCCACAAAACGUCAAACGAUCCCCAAAAAUCAAGAAUAAAUUCCCCCAAAACCUCCAGACAUGAGUAGAAACUCAUCGGACAAGGGUCCAGUGCCCCCACGCUGGCUGCACUGUCCUCGCAAGUCAAACCGAGUAAUAGCCGACAAAUUCUUGGCUUUCAAGACCCCCUUGUCCUCGGACUACGACUCCCAGGUGCCCGAGAAGCACCGUUUCACUGUCAGCUUUAUCUUCGAGUCGUUGAAAAGCCAGAGGAAGAAGAUGGGUCUGUGGAUAGACCUCACCAACACCUCUCGCUUCUACGACAGAAAAGAAGUCGAGGGGUAUGGCUGUCGUUACCUCAAACUUGCCUGCAGGGGUCACGGUGAGACCCCCUCCCCAGAGCAGACAGACACCUUCAUCAAGAUCUGCAAGACAUUUAUCGCGAAAAAUCCCCUGGACAUCAUCGGAGUCCACUGCACCCACGGAUUCAACAGAACAGGCUUUCUCAUCAUCAGUUAUCUGGUGGAGACUGAGUACAGUGAUGUCGAUGGAGGACUCAGUCACUUCGCCAUUGCCAGACCUCCAGGAAUUUACAAGGGAGAUUACAUUAUGGAGCUGUUCAAACGUUACUCUGACAUUGAUGAUGCUCCAGCACCCCCGCCACGACCCACCUGGUGCCUUGAGUACGACGAUGCCAAUGUUGAGGACACUGAUGAGGCGCCUGAAUCAGGGACCAGUGGACAGGCCAAUGGUAAACGCAGACGAGAGUUUAAUCCGAAAAAUCCAGUAUUUAUGGCUGGUGUGCCCAAUGUGGAGGUGGUCAAGGAGUCUCGUAAGGUCGCUGGGAUCCAGGCGAGAGUGCAGCAGAUGUGUGGCUGGGAGACUGGGGGCUUUCCUGGAUCCCAGCCGGUUUCCAUGGACAAGAACAACCUCAGGCUGCUCCAUGAGAAACCGUACAGGGUCUCCUGGAAGGCUGAUGGCACCAGGUAUAUGCUGCUGAUUCAGGGGGAUGGGGAGCUGUACUUCAUUGAUAGGAACAACAGCGUUUUUGAGAUUACGGGACUGGCUUUUCCACAUCCUAGGGAUGUCACCAGACCACUGAGGGAUACGUUGCUUGAUGGGGAAAUGGUAAUCGAUAAAGACAAUGGAGCAGAGUAUCCCCGCUACUUAGCCUACGACGUGAUAAUGUACGACGGUAGAGACGUAUCUAAACAUUCCUUUUUCCCCGAUCGCUACACAAUAAUCGAGAAAGAAAUAAUGGGAGGUAGACACAGAGCCAUGAAGGAGGGACGAUUACUACGAGAACGAGAGCCAAUAUCAGUGAGAUUGAAACAAUUCUGGGAUUUGACAUCAGCUAAAAGUUUACUCGGCGAAAAAUUCGCCAAGAUGUUGAGUCACGAGCCAGAUGGGCUCAUAUUCCAGCCAGCUAAAGAGCCUUACAACCCAGGACCUGCCAAUGACGUGCUGAAAUGGAAACCAUUGUCUAUGAAUUCAGUGGAUUUCAAACUGAAGAUCGUAACCGAGUCAGGGCCUGGGAUUUUACCCAAGAAAAUUGGACAACUAUACGUGGGGGGUCUCGAUGCACCCUUCGCCCAGAUCACGAGCAUCAAGGGGUGUAAAGAAUUGGAUAACAAGAUCGUCGAGUGCAAGUACGAGGAGGGAAAGUGGAUCUUCAUGAGAGAAAGAACAGACAAAUCCUUCCCCAACUCCUACAACACUGCGAAAGCUGUUUGCUUUAGCAUCAGUGAUCCUGUGACGAAGGACAUUCUACUGGAAUUCAUAGACAAGUAUAGAUUUGUCGACGACACGGAUCUCAUGCCUCCACCAGCGAAAAAGAAGAGGUGACAGGCUGCAAUCGAUACCUGCCAAUCAAAAUUGUACAUGCGCUCACAAUAGGAUUAUAUUUAUCUACUGAUUUUUUUUGUGUAUCAAUCAUGAGAGUGUUCUUCGAUCUUGGCUCUUGUUCUCGAAAAAUUGUCUUUUAAAUUUUUGGAACUGAGAUUAUGUAUCGUGGUGAAUUGAAUUGUUUAUUGAUGAGGGAAAUAAAC